AUGCGGGUCAAUGGGGGGGAUUUUAUAGAGAAAAUUUCAAACGGCUCUGCUCAUUCACCGCCGCAAUUUCAGCGGCGGUUGCGCGAGUGCAUCGGCCAUUCAAAGGGCCGCCGCGGAUCCCGCCCCCCUUACGCUCGAGGAGGUGCAGCCGAGGAUUCCGGCCUCUCCUUCGGCUUGGGCCUCACAAUCCCAAGCGAGAGUUCUGCUCCAUUGGAAAUCCACCCUUCAAUAUUCACAUGCCCAACAACUCGGUUCUUGGUCUCUCUCCAACAACGCUUGCAUGUGGAUGGCAUCACCUGCAUGGAGAAUCGAGGUCGAGCUGUGAUCACAGGCAUCAGCCUACCUCGUGCAGGCUUGGUAGGUAAGCUCGACGGCCUCAACUUCUCCGCCCUCCCAUCUCUCACUCGCCUCCACCUCCGACGCAACUACUUGUUUGGAAUAAUCCCGCCUAGCAUACGCAUGCUUCCCGCUCUCACCUCCCUCGAUCUCCCGCAUAAUCAUCUUUCCGGCAAUCUGCCUCUCGCUCUCGCUAGCCUCUCUAACCUGACUAAGAUCGAUCUUUCUUCAAACAAAUUCAUUGGCAAGAUUCCUCCUUGUUUCUUCGCCAACUGGACCAAGCUGACCUCCCUCAAAUUCCAACAAAAUUUACUUGGUGGCACUUUGCCUCCAAAGAUUGGCCAGCUCAAGAGUCUACGUGCACUUUAUUUAUACAUAAACGAUCUCGCUGGUCCCAUUCCUUCGACCCUGACCAACCUAAGAUUCCUCUUUCUUUACAGAAAUUGGUUCUUCGGUAAUAUUCCCCCAGAACUAGGCAGCCUAGUUAAUCUCUUAGAUCUAGAAAUCUCACACAAUAAUUUAACAGGAUCCAUCCCUUUUAGUUUAGGAAAUCUCAUCAAACUCAAGACUUUGUAUCUCUUCAUCAAUGAUUUAUCUGGCACCAUCCCUUAUGAAUUAGGCAACCUAGUGAGCUUACGUGAUCUAAAAAUCAGCGAAAAUCAACUAUCGGGCUCCAUCCCUUCCACUUUUGGAAACCUCACAAUGCUUGACACCUUAUUCCUCCACACCGAUCAUUUAUCAGGCUCUUUGCCCCAAGACCAGCCUCAUCUCUCUAGAGGUGCUAUUCCUUCAUCUUUUGAAAGCAUGUUGAGUUUGUCAUCAAUAGAUGUAUCGUACAACAAUUUGGAGGGCCCAGUUUCGAGAAGCAAAUUGUUUCAAAACGCUCUAGCAGAGUGGUUUAUCCAUAACAAGGGAUUAUGUGGUGAGGUGCCAAGUUUGCCUUCUUGUGGAUCAACCACUAUAAGCACUCAUCAUUCAACUAAAAACUACAUUAUACUCUUUGUUAUCACUCCUAUAUUGGGCAGCUUGGCUCUUUUAGGUUUGUCUACUAUUAUCAUUGCCGCUCUUCAUAGGAAAGAAAACCCUGCAGAGAAAAAGGAUACUAAUGUUGUUAUUGGCGAUCUAUUUUCGAUAUUGAAUUUUGAUGGAAGAGUUGCUUAUGACUAUAUUAUCAAUGCCUCUGAAAAUUUUGAUGAGAAAUAUUGCAUCGGGAGUGGAACAUAUGGCAAAGUUUACAAAGUAAAACUUCCAAUGGAACAAGUGGCGGCUGUUAAAAAACUUCAUCCAAUGGAAGAAGGAGUAUUUGAUGAGAAAAGUUUCCAGAAUGAGAUUCAAGCAUUAACCAGAAUACGACAUCGUAAUAUUGUAAAACUUAAUGGGUUUUGCACCAGUUUAGGUUGUAAAUUUCUUAUAUAUGAGUACAUUGAGAGGGGAAGUUUAGCUAGCAUUCUUUGUAAUCAAGAAACAACAGAGGAAUUGAAUUGGGAGAGAAGAGCUCAUAUUAUCAAAGAUGAGACCUAUGCUUUAUCAUACAUGCACCAUGAUUGCAAUCCAUCCAUAAUGCAUCGAGACAUCUCCAAUAAUAAUAUAUUAUUAGACUCUGAUUUUAAGGCUUAUCUUUUAGACUUUGGCACGGUAAGAAUUUUGAAAUCUAAUUUAUCAAAUUGGAGCACACUAGCAGGCACAUUUGGAUAUGCUGCCCCAGAGCUUUCGUACAUGACAAGGGCGAAUGAGAAAUGUGAUGUAUACAGCUUUGGCAUAGUAAUAUUAGAAGUAAUAAUGGGAAGACAUCCAAGUGAUCUUGUCUUCUUCAUAUCUUCAUCAGAUGUCCAACAGAUGCUAUUCAGUGAUGUGCUAGAUCAACAAAUCUCACCUCCUGCAGCUUAUAUGGCAUAUGGUGCCAGAAGUUGA